AUGGUGUUCGUUGCGUACAUGGUCUUCUGUCGGCUUUAUGUGCAGACGCCUUUCAUUCUCAGCCCACUCUAUGUUAGCUUCUUGGCCUUCAGUCCGCACUCGAUCGAGUACUGCACGCACCCGGCAGAGGUGGAGAAUGCGGAAUCCAACUUCGAGAGGCUCAUCACGGCGCGGAGGUGGGAGUCUUUGAAGCGGCACGGCCCAGGGGUCUUGGAGACGAGACAUUUGCUGGAGGCCCGGCGGGUGGAUGGCGUGGCGGACUUCGGCAGCCUGGAGCGCGCGGAGUCGCUGGACGUUGCGCGCGGGGCGUCCUGGUGCCGCAGGGCGGGCCUGCCGGCGUUGGAGAGCAAGGUCUGCCACCUGGGCGAGGCCCGGCAGCCGGCGGAGCGAGCCUCGGGCGCCGCGCGCGCCAGGGCGGAGGCGAGCCCGAGGGGAGGGAAGGGCGCGCCAGCGCGCCCGAGCCGGGCCAGGGCGGAGGGGGCGUUCCAGAAAGGCCCCAUAGUCCAGCUGCCGCUGCGCGGGAGCGAGCGGAGCCCGGUGGUGGUGAGAUCCACGGGGGACUGCGGGCCGGCGCUGCAGGCCUUGAGGUCAUCGCGGGGCCGAGCGGGGAGGCUCUUCGCCGUCAGCUGCGAGCUGGGCAGGCAGGGCGAAGGCGCCGGGCUGGUCUGCUUCACCGUCCACGGCGGCGAGGGCGUCGACUUCGGAGGCAGCUCCACCCUGUGGGUCGACGCCGUCUCGAUCUCAGAGGAGGUGGGGCAGCCGUGCGCCCUCGCCUGCUUCCGAGAGUUCUUCGAGGACGAGGGGUACCAGAAGAUAUACCACAACUACUCCUCGCUGAACUCUGCGCUGCAUCAGCAGGGCGUCUCGCACCUGGGCUUCGCGGGCGACACGAUGCACAUGGCAAGGCUUUGGGACGCCUCCCUCGCGUUCCUGCAGAAUGACGACGUCUCGCUGCCGAAGCUGACCAGCCUGUGCUUGGGCAGCGAGUACGCGCAGGCGCUGACCGAGGCCGUCAUCCGCAAGAAGGACGGCAAGUUCGUGCAGAGGCCCCUCUCCCUCCAGUCCGGCGCCGAGACGCGAGGCCACUGGAUCGACUUCGCCGCCUGGGCGGCGGUCUGCGUCUUCCACCUGUACCGCGACCUGCGGGCCAGGCUCGAGGCGACGCCGUGCCGGCCGCUCUCGGGCGCGCCCCCGGGCGCGGGCACGCUGUGGGAGUUCUACGACAGGUACUGGCGCCCCUUUGGCCAGGUGCUGGCCGCCAUGGAGAGGCGCGGGGUGGGGGCGGACGCCGCUCACCUGAGGGCGCUCGAAAACGACGUGUUGCGGGAGCGAGCCGUGCUGGAGGCGGCCGUGCGUGGGUGGGCCGCGGACGCCACCUCCGAGCGCUUCGGGCCCGACGCGGUCGAGGGCGCGAACCUCCACGCGCUCAACACGGGCUCGGAUGCGCAGAUCCGGCACCUGCUCUUCGGCGGAGUGGCGAACAAGAUGCGCAGGCAGGGCUCGCUCCCCGACGAGAAGGUCCUCCCGGGGGUGGCGCCGCCCGCGGAGGAGGCGGGGCCUGCUGAGGCUCCGAGCGCGGCGCUGGAAGGUCCGCCGGCGCCUGCUGGCGACGGAGGGGCCGCCGCGGCGGACUACAGCCAGCUGAAGCUGCCCGAGCUGAAGGAGCUGCUGAAGUCCCUCCUGCCCUGCCACGGGCCAGGGCUGGUUCAAAUUCUGUGGGUGCCGGUGGCGAUGCACGAGAUGCGGCGAGCCCGCUCCGCGGAGUCGGCGUGGCGCGUGCCGAUGAACAACCUCAAGCAGCCGCCCGAGUUCGUGGUGGUCAAGGCCACCAAGGACUCCAGCAUGCUGGUGGCCCAAUGGGACGAUGACUUCACGUGGGAGCGCCAGGCCCCCGGCACGAAGCAUGACGACAUCGAGCCGCAGGCCCCUAGCAAGAAGGACAACAGCGUGUGGAAGGGGACCUUGCAUGAUAAGCAGGUGAGUCUGAACUGGGUCACUCGGGGCGGUCAGAACGAGCUUCUGCGGGCUGCUCACAAUGGCCAACUACUUCAGCUCACUGCGAAACAGUUCGGCGAUGAUGGGGACGACGAGCCGCUGACCAAGAAGAAACCAGCGGUGGUGGUGGCGGCCUCUCCGACGACAACCCCACGCUCGUACGUGCCCAGGCCCCGCGCACCCCCAGUGCUCACCCCGACUGGCAUCUGGGAGGACCAGCAAGAGGCCGCGGACACGUCGAACGAGUUGCCAGAAAUGGGCGCGAUCCUGAUUGAUCCGUGGGACAUUGUCUAG